CGUCACCAUCCGGUAGAGGCAUUAGAGCAAACAGCCACUUGGUGUCGCCGUGCGCUCCUCCUCACUGAUCCCCUUAUCGCUCGUCACAGUACAAUCGCUACAAAAGGCCGACUAUCACCUGGUAUAUACGAACAGGUUAUACAAGACAAUCGCUACCGUAAAUGGCUGGAUAGUAGUAAGGAAGGCGAUAAGGACAGGGACUCCCGACUGCUAUGGAUCUCACCCAGUCUAGGCACUGACGCGACGAAGCUUUCUGUAUUCCUGACAGAGGAGCUAGAGAGACACAUUGCAGCAGUAGAGAACGCGGAACUAGUGUUCUUCUUCUGCAACAGAAGCAAAGAUACAAACAACACAUCUACCAUUGUGCUCUACGGGCUCAUAAGCCAAAUUGUCACUAAACGCCCAGUGUUAAGGCACCUUGUAUAUCGCAGCUUGCAACAAUUAGAGGAAAUACAAGAACACCUCGAAGCAGCUCAAAGAUCUGAAAGACCUUUCGAAGAAACUCCGGAGAUGUUCAAAAUCCUAUGGGACGUAUUUUCUACGCUUAUCAGAGCUCCAGAACUAGGUACAAUGUUCUGCGUGAUUCACGGACUUGACAAGUGU